AUGGCGAAACUCUUUAAGAUUCACGCAAAAUCUCAUAAGGUGCUUGAUCAUAUCAUUCCUCCGGCCAAGGGUAAGGAGAAGUCGCUUACGACCGAGGAAGAAAAAGAAUUGUGGUCGACUCUCGAUGCUACCGUUCUUCAGUGGAUUUAUGCCACGAUCUCACAUGAUCUGCUAAACAGCAUUCUUGAACCCAACACCACAGCAAUGGAGGCUUGGAAAAGGUUGCGUGAUAUCUUCCAAGACAAAAAACAUUCCCGUGCCGUAACUCUUGAGUAUGACUUCACUCACACAGACAUGGAGAAUUUCCCAAAUGCCUCUGCAUACUGUCAACAUCUCAAGUCCUUGGUCGGAUCAACUUAG